CAGCCAGGGUUCAGCAUUCUGCUCCGUAGCCACGAUGAACGCAGUACCAGGUCUGCUACUGCUGGUUCUGCUCUUUGGGACAAGGUUACAAGAAAAUGACGCCCUUCAGUGUUACUGUGAUCGCUGCAGCACCAACUCCAGCUGCACCACGGACGGCAUGUGCUAUGUGGUCAUCAAGAAGUCGGGCAACCAGCGGAUCUCAGAGCAGCGGCAGUGCAUCCCCAAGAGCGAACUGAUCCCAGAAGACCGGCCCUUUGUCUGCGCUCCGUCUUCUAGAGGGACGACCAGCAUCAUCCCUAUGUGCUGCUCCUCUGACUACUGCAACAAAGAGCCCAAAAUCGAAGUCUUUCCACCAGAAGAACAGCAGCCCCCAACCUUGGGGCCCGUGGCCCUUGCAGCUGUGAUUGCUUGCCCAGUCUGUGUGCUCGGCCUGCUGCUGGUUUUGGCCUUCUACGUUUGCCACUACCAACGCGGUCUGGGUGCCGGAGGAGCGGGGGCCCUCCACCACCGUGUGCCUAAUGAGGAGGACCCGUCCAUGGACCAUCCCUUCAUCACUGUUGGAACCACCCUCAAAGACCUCAUCUAUGACAUGACCACCUCAGGCUCUGGAUCCGGCCUUCCGCUGUUAGUCCAGAGGACCAUCGCCAGAACCAUCAUCCUCCAGGAGAGCAUUGGAAAGGGGCGUUUUGGGGAAGUGUGGCGGGGAAAAUGGCGUGGCGAGGAGGUGGCAGUAAAGAUCUUCUCAUCUAGAGAGGAGCGCUCCUGGUUCCGCGAGGCUGAGAUCUACCAGACUGUGAUGCUGAGGCAUGAAAAUAUCCUUGGCUUUAUUGCUGCUGACAACAAAGAUAACGGAACAUGGACCCAGCUGUGGCUGGUCUCAGACUACCAUGAACACGGCUCCCUGUUUGACUACCUGAACCGCUACACCGUCACCGUGGAGGGUAUGAUCAAGCUGUCGCUGUCCACUGCCAGCGGCCUGGCCCACCUCCAUAUGGAGAUCGUAGGAACACAGGGAAAGCCAGCUAUUGCACACAGAGACCUAAAGUCCAAGAACAUUCUGGUAAAGAAGAACGGGACCUGCUGCAUCGCUGACUUGGGUCUGGCUGUUAGACACGACUCUGCCACUGAUACCAUCGACAUUGCUCCGAACCACAGAGUCGGGACCAAAAGGUAUAUGGCUCCAGAGGUGCUGGACGACUCCAUAAACAUGAAGCACUUUGAGUCGUUUAAGAGAGCUGACAUCUACGCCAUGGGCCUGGUCUUCUGGGAGAUCGCCAGCCGCUGCUCUGUGGGGGGCAUCCAUGAGGACUACCAGCUGCCCUACUAUGACCUGGUGCAGUCAGAUCCAUCAGUUGAGGAGAUGAGGAAGGUGGUCUGUGAGCAGAAACUUCGCCCAAAUAUUCCCAACCGCUGGCAAAGCUGCGAGGCUUUGCGGGUGAUGGCUAAGAUCAUGAGGGAGUGUUGGUACGCCAACGGCGCCGCCCGACUCACCGCUCUGCGGAUCAAGAAGACAUUGUCUCAGCUCAGCCAACAGGAGGGAAUCAAGAUGUAGUCCAGAUGCAAACAUCUGACUGGCAUCACAUCAUCUGUGUCAUCAUGAGUAUCCAUCCCAUCUUCUUCUUCUGACGGGAAGUUAAAGACAUUUCCUGUUUCAUGGUUUCCUUCCACUGACUGAGGAAUGUGAUGUCUGGAUGGAUAGAUAUGAUGGAGGACACUCGUGCCUGAAGGGGAUGAUGGAGGUGUUACAGGAAACCUCUGGUCACUCAUCUCUCUGUUUAUUUAACGUCAUCAUCAUCAUCAUCAUCAUCGCCGCUCUCUUUCCAUUAAAGCUCGUGCUCACACUCUGACCCUGAGCAGAACCUCUCUUCAGCAGGGCUGCAAGCCGAGAUCUUUUCUCAGUCCAAAUCUGUUGCUUAGGGAAACGGCAGCAGCGUUGAAUGUUCGAUCUUAGCUUAUAAAACCUUCACUGAAUUUUGAGCAGUCAGUAACCUGUGAGGAGGGGGACAGAAACACUAUAAACUACUGAUAAGACCAAAAAAUCUGUUUGAAUUUGGGCUUCAUUUCAGAUUCCCGAAAAAUCAGAUGUUUUUUUUUUUAGGUGAUUUAAGCUAAUAAAUCCCCCUAUUGUCAGUGUAGAAAUGCAUCCGCCAG